CGACCGGUCGCACGUCACUGCCGAAAACUGAAAAACAGUAACUUCCAUACGCGAUUCUUGAAUAAAAAUGCCUUCACUUUGGGACUAUUUACACUUUAAUCGACAGUAUUCAAAUAAGAGAAACUUAGAGGAGGGUCUAUUCCAGAUUGCUUCGCAGACUUGUAAUAUUUUAGUAAAGGUUAACAACACGAAUAACAUAAAUUUGACGAGAAAUGAUCGCAGCGACGAGUAUGGAUGCGCCGGGCCCCCCAAAGGGAAAAGUUCAAUGCAGAUAUGUGUACCCAAGUUCAGGAAGAAUUCUAUCACUUCCGGUUGUAAUCCAGGAUUAUCGACUGUAUUAGAAUCGGGGAGUGUGGGGAACGCGUCAUCCUCUGAUGAGGAGCUCGAGCAGUGGGAGCAAAUUUUCAUGAUGAGGGAUGAAAAUGGAAACAGCUAUAAUGACAAAAGGAAGAAACGCAGUAUAUGGUGUCGGCCAUCAUGUAUCCCUGUUUCUAUAGUCAUUUUGCUGAUAGUUCUUGUUGUACUUGUGCCAUUAUUGGACCAGCCCAAUGUGCCACAUGCAGCUUCAAGUCAGCAACCUGUCACGGUACAUUGCUCAGAUGAGUGUAGAUUAUCCCUUGUGGAGAGUAUACCAGAAGGGCAUAUGUAUCCUCCUAAUAUGACACAUACACCUACAAAAAAUGUUUGGUUAGAUUUAAUAGAUGAAGCUCAAACAACAAUAGAAAUAGCCUCUUUUUAUUGGUCUCUUAGGUUUAAUGAAUUUUAUCCGUACAAUUCUUCUAUAGAGGGCGAGCAAGUGUUCCAAGCAUUAUACGCCGCCGGAUCAAAAAGGAAGAUUGAUUUAAAAAUUGCUCAAAACUGGCCCAGUAAAGACUAUCCUAAUAUAGAUACAGAAUAUUUAGUUAAGAAGAAAGCGGCGCAGGUAAGAAGUUUAAACUUCUCCAAGUUGUUGGGCGGCGGAGUUCUUCACACCAAGUUUUGGAUUGUGGACAGAACGCAUUUCUACAUCGGCAGUGCUAAUAUGGACUGGCGAGCAUUAACUCAGGUGAAAGAGCUGGGCAUCGUGGCGUAUAACUGUUCGUGUAUGGCCAAUGAUUUGGGGAAAAUAUUUGAUGUUUACUGGCAGCUGGGGGUGGCCGACUCUGUGCCGGCCACGUGGCCAUUCGCGUUGGCCACAGAUAUCAACAUGCAGCGCCCCGCCAACAUCAGCGAUGGACAACGCAGUUACGGCGCUUACAUCACGAGCUCACCGCCGCCGUUCAGCCCGGCGGGGCGCAGCGCGGACGACGACGCCAUCGUCUCCAUCAUAGAAUCAGCAGAGCGGUUCAUAUACAUCGCGGUCAUGGACUACGCGCCUGCACUCGUCUACACGCACAAGUUCGAGUACUGGCCUAAGAUCGACGACGCGAUACGCGCGGCGGCGCUGGAGCGACGCGUGCGCGUGCGCCUGCUCAUCAGCUGGUGGUCGCACUCGCUGCCCGCGCAGGACCACUACCUGCGCUCUCUCACCGCACUCGCGCAGGCCUUGCCCGGAGUAGAUAUACAAGUGAAACGCUUCGUAGUACCAUCUACACCUGACCAGGAUAAGAUACCGUUCGCGCGCGUUAACCACAACAAGUACAUGGUGACGGACCGAACCGCGCUCAUCGGCACCUCCAACUGGUCCGGGGACUACUUCACCACCACCGCGGGCGUCUCCUUUGUCUUCCAGGACCUGGAGGAGGGCCCUCACAACGCCACCAAGGAUAUCAGGAUGCAGCUGCAGGAAGUCUUCGAGAGGGAUUGGACCUCGCCCUACGCUGUGCCUCUCUUGAAAUUAUAGCGGGGCAUUCAUCAAACCAAAUGUCAUCUUGAAAAACCUGCCAAUACUUGUAUGUAAAUGUCUUGUACUUAAUUGAUUUUAAUGUGUGUG